CAACCGGGUCAGGAGGCCGCGGUGCCACUGGAGGCGGGCUCCCGAUACUGCCUCCUCCCCCGCCUCAGCUUGGUCUCGUCGGCUCCUCCGCUUCCUUCCCUCCUUGGCCGUCUCUGGCUGGAGCUCGGCGGUUGCUAUUGGCUUAGUGGCCCCAUCCGGGCACUCGGCGCAGCGCUGUUGCUCAGCCCGAUCGUCCCAAUAUGGCGGAGGCUUCCUUUGGGAGUUCGAGCCCAGUUGGCUCUUUGUCAUCUGAGGAUCAUGACUUUGACCCUUCUGCUGAAAUGCUGGUACAUGAUUAUGAUGAUGAGCGAACUCUUGAAGAGGAGGAAAUCAUAGAAGAAAACAAAAAUUUCAGCUCUGAAAUCGAAGAUUUAGAAAAGGAAGGAAGCAUGCCAUUGGAAGAUUUACUGGCAUUCUAUGGUUAUGAGCCUGCAAUUCCAGUUAUGGCCGGUUCCAGUGCAGAUAGCUCUCCAAGUGAACUUGCAGACGAACUUCCAGAUAUGACUCUAGAUAAAGAGGAAAUAGCUAAAGACCUCUUGUCGGGUGAUGAUGAAGAAACACAAUCCUCUGCUGAUGACUUGACACCAUCAGUUACUUCACAUGAGGCUACUGACUUCUUUCCUCGGCCAUUAAGAUCAAACACUACAUGUGAUGGAGAUAAGGAAUCAGAUGAUGAAGACAUAGAGGCAGACCAUGGUAAUUCAUCUGAAGAUUUGAAAAAGGAAAUAAUGGUUGGUUUACAGUAUCAAGCUGAAAUUCCACCUUACCUUGGCAAAUACAGUGAUAAUGAAAAGGCCUAUGAAAAUGAAGACCAUUUACUUUGGAAACCUGAUGUGAUCUCAGAAAACAAAAUUAAAGAAUACCUUUUUGAAACCUCCUUAAGAACAGGAAAUGAAAACAUGAUUGACAGAAUUCCCGAAGGACUACAUAUACGGGACAAUGAACAAGCACUAUAUGAACUUCUCAAAAGUAGCCAUAAUGUUAAAGAAGCAAUUGAGAGAUACUGUUCAAAUGGAAAAGCAUCUCAGGAAGAGAUGACAGCAUGGACAGAAGAAGAAUGCAGAAGCUUUGAACAUGCGCUUCUGAUUUACGGAAAAGAUUUUCAUCUCAUACAGAAAAACAAGGUAAGAACCAGAACAGUUGCUGAGUGUGUGGCUUUCUAUUACAUGUGGAAAAAGUCAGAACGUUAUGAUUACUUUGCUCAGCAAACAAGAUUUGGAAAGAAGAGAUACAACCAUCAUCCAGGAGUUACGGACUACAUGGAUCGUUUGGUAGAUGAAGCAGAAGCCCUUGGUGGAGCAGUACAUUCUUCAGCUGUAACAUCUAAUACUCGAACAGAAACCAUUCCUGAUCAACAGCUAAGUAUUCUGAACUCUAUCACUGCCAAUGAGUUGACAGCAUUGACAAACAGUGUAGCUACAGUCUGCCACACUUCAGAUGUGAACUGUCUGGAUGACACCUUACCUCCUAUGGACAGCUUACCCCGAGCACCAGUUAAUCAUGUGCCUAUUGGAACAGAAGAAUUGCUUAGCUUGCCUAGCAACGGUGAAAGUGACUGUUUCAAUUUAUUUGAGACUGGCUUUUAUCAUUCAGAGCUAAACCAAAUGAACAUGUGCAGUGAGGAGACAGAAAGACCUGUGAAGAGAUUGAAAAUGGGAAUUGCUGUCCCAGAAUCUUUAAUUAAUGAUGUGUCUGUAAAUAACCUUGGUGUGGACUUUGAGAACCACACGCACCAUAUUACCAGUGCUAAAAUGGCUGUUUCAGUGGCUGACUUCAGCAGUCUAUCUGCAAAUGAGACAAAUGGUUUUAUCAGCACUCAUGCUCUUCACCAACAUGCUGCUCUUCACUCAGAAUGACUGUGGAAAACUAAACAGUGAGUACUUUAUGCAGUAGUAGUAAACUUGAUGGGAGCUAUCAGGUUUGUUUUAGUCUUUCACUGGAAGUUUGACCUUUAUGACAUCAGUGAUGUCUUUUUAUGUAUAGAACUAUAUCUUGAUUUAUCAAGAAUAAUUUCUUUUUUCAGUCCAUAAAUGUGGAAACGUUCAACGGAUUUUAGAACUAAGAGAACUGUGGUGCAGCUUUAAGCUCUGCUUCAAUUUUUUAAAAAGCCUGUAGACAGAGGUCACAAUUUCAAUACCAGCACAGAAGUUCUGAACUGAUUGGAGUGGCUUUUUAGUCUAAGUUACUUUUGCCAUAAUGGAUGCAGUGUAAUAACAAUGUUUACAGGUACUGAUCCUGAUCCUUGCUCAAUGUAGCAUUUUAUUUUUUUCUUGUACAGGCAGGGAUGGGUUUCUUUCUUUAAGUUAAACUGCACAAACAUACUAGCAUAUUUUUUAAAUUGAACCAUCCCUCAUGUGAUACUAAACUAGAGCACUUCAGUUUAAAAAACAGCAAAUUCGUCUUGGUGGAAGCUAGCACAAGGGACUUAACAUGAGUAAAGUAUGAAAACCUGGAUGCUGUUGCAAAAUUAUAGGCCAUGGCUACCUUACACAGAAGUAAUUAUGCUGCCAGAGUUAUGUGUACUUUAAACUUAAUGGCUUAAAACUGGCUUAAACAGAUGCAUUUUAGGUAUUUGGAUGGGUUUGGUUCACAACUUUGAAGAUGAAUGCACCUGUAUAACUUAAUUUUCCUAAGAUAGCUGAUGUAUAAAGCUACAGUCUGCACACCUUAGGAUUUAAGACUAAACAGUCUACAUUUUGGAAGACAUCUUAAAUAGUUUGGAACACUGCAGUUCAAAGUGUUAAAGUUUUGAGGGACUAUCUUGUUUAUAUAGAAGUAGUAGAACCUUGAAGUACAUGUUUGAAAGUUUUUCUUCAGUGUGGAUUGCAGUUUUCUGUUUUGGCAAGUCAUUGGCUCAAAAAUGACACUUCACUACAUUGGUCAAACAGGAAAGGGUGAGUUAGUGUUUCCCAUAAAAGCAACUAUUUGACCACAUUUUUUUUUAAUUUUGUACGUUGAGUGCAAUUUAGCCAUCCACAAAGUUUGUCUUGCAAAUGCUUUUUCUAUUUCUUCUAAGAGAACAUUACUUUGGUAGGAUUACCCUUUUCCCUCCAUACUUUUUCUUUGCACUGUUUGUAUUACCAAUUUAAUUGCCACUAACUUGUUUUCAUUAUUGAAGUGAUUAAGCUUGUGUUGCUGAUAUUUGUAAUAGUAGCUUCAAGGUUAUGCUGAGUAAUUAGAAAGUAGUGACUUUAAUUUUAGAAAGGGAAGAGGGUAUUUAUUAUGCAUACUGUGAACUGCAUUGACAUCCUGAAUUUUGGAUGCAGUGUAUGGAGUUUUCUUUACAUUUACUGUAAUGAAGGUCGCUUUGAAGCAUUUAUGCAAUGGCAUAUUUACCAUAUUAAAACAAAUUAGUUUAGCACAGGGGACAAAAGUAAAGAUAAUUUUGUAAUCAGUUCUUAACUUAUACAUUUGAAAUGUAAUUCUAGUAAGUACACAGUAAAUAAUGGGUAGCCUUGGCCCUGUGUUGUACUCUGACAUUUUUAGCCAAGUUGUCAGCUUCUUGUUGCUGAGUUUUGUGCUGAACUGUGUACCUUGUUUCUUUUGUUUAUGAAUCAACACAUUUUAUGUAAUUUUGUAAAAUACUGGCCAUAAUCUUUCAUUGCUAUACAUUCAAGUUUAUGGGUUUACAGUGAGUGGUUGGUCUGUAUAAAUAUCAUUAUACAAAGAUGACUGAAUGCUUAUACCAGUUGCACUUAAAUGAACAUGCCCAUUCUCAUUAGCUGAUGCAGUAAUAUAUUCAAUUUAUCUAUGCAUUGCUGGGCUCUUAAUGUAGACAGACUUGUCUAAGGUUUGGGUUGUCAGCAAGUUGAAUGGACACUUUAUUAAAUAACUAAAGAUUUUUGACCAAAAUUCAUAAAAUUAUGAGAGAAAAAUUAAUGCCAGCUAGUCUAAUAGAUUUUUAAAUACUGAUCUUAUUUAACCUGUUGGCUAGCUAGCUGGUAUAAUUUACUUUUAAUUCCUUAUUAAAAUGAGGCAAUAAUUUGCAAGAUUUUGUAAAUAUGUACAUUCUUAUCUUUUUAGAUAUCUAUUUCAAUAUUUUCUGACUACUGUGUAUAGUAACAUUUUUGUGCAUGCCUGAUGUGACAUUCAUAAAUUUGUACCACUAUGACUUUAUCCAUGUAAAAUAGCUAUUUAUUGAAUUGUUCUUUUAGAAGCUGGACUUAAUUAUUUUCCUCUCAGUUUAAACAUUUUAAAUGGAGAACUUGUUACUGUUUAUUAAAAUAAUUGCAUUUUGAAAGUCAGCAUGAAGAUAACUGAAUUGCAACCAUAUGAAGAAAUUAUGUUGCCUUGGUUGGUGAAGCACAAUGCUUAUAACAAACUGUGAUGAAUUCUUUGUCCUCUGCCACAAUUUUUCUUCAUACAAACAAACCAAAAAUCCAUAAUGGGCAAUUGCAGUGUUGAUAAUGUAUCCUUUUUAUGUACAGGGAAUCUGAAGAGAAUAGCUGAUUCAUUUAGAAGUGUAACUUGGUGCUGUGAUUAUAGCAAUACCUUUACUUUGGUUACUCGUGUCAUUCUUGUGCUAAGUUUUAAAAUGUUUAAUUUUCUUCUUGUCAUGGUCAAACUGCUGAAUUUACUUGAAGGAUACUGAUUUGUGUUCUAUUAGGUAAAUUAAUUGUGCAUUUGUUUCCUGUUUUUAAUUUUUUAAACUGAGGGUCAAAAAUGUAUGAGAACUUCAGAUUAAAUAGAACAUACUGAUAUUGCUUAAUUUAACCAAAGUCUUUAGGUGAAUAUUUCAAAUUUGAAUGUAAACUAAUGGAUAAACUGAUCAACAGGGACACUAUUUGCCCAGCACUACAAGCGCAUUGUCUACAGAUAAGGAAACUAAAUACAGUAAGUUAUAAAAUAAUUACAGGGUUACUAUUUUUUUAUUCCUGUUUUUCAUUGGAAGAAGGAAAAUAAUAUUAAUUGUAAGAUACAGUAGGUAUGGUUAUAGUCCCCUUGAUAAAACAGAUUCCAGUUAUUCUCAGUUCAAAGAACCCUGUGCAUGACAACAAAUUUAGUGACAAUCGGAACAUGUUUUUAAUAAUAGAUGUUCAAGAGGAAAUUGCUAUUAUUGCAUUGGUUUUAAUAUGUACAAAACAUAAACAUUUCUUUCAGCAUUAUUUUGUAUUUGUUGUACUUUAAUACCUGGUGUAUAAUUCCAGAAAUAAAUGUCUGGAAACCUUUC